AUGGGUCGUACUAUAAUCUCAAUCACUGUGCAUCUGGCGAAUUUGAGUGGUUACCAUGGUGCUAUUAAAAUUAGAACCGACUUCUCUGAGCACAGCUGUGGAGGGGGCAGCGCCCAACCAAUGAUGGCUGCUUCUAGGGAGGUGGUAGCGGCCGGAGCCGUGCGUCUUCCAAAAAGCGGAAAAGGUUCGUGGGAGUCUAAGAGAAGACAAAACCCUUCUCAUCGAUGGCUGGUGAGCGAAGAUAUGGAAAGUUCGUUGGAUCCUCAUGACGAACUUCGCAGGUUGCAAGACAAAGUCAGGAAACUGGAACUUCAAAACGAGCAACUUCGUUCACAACAAUUUUCGAGAAAUGGAUUUGAUCUGGAGGUUAAACCAAAUAUUUUGUCUUCCCUGUCAGACCUUGAAUAUUAUAAAAACCGACUGGAUCAGAGUAACCACAAUUGGGAAGACGAAUUUCUGAAACCAGACGAAGUGAACUGGGAAAAUUGUCAGAAUGAAGAAAUUUGGUUGUACAAGCCAAAAAAUGAUAACCACCUUCCAAAAAAUACACGUGUUUGGAUACGUCAAGAUGUUGACAAUCAAAAUGAUUAUGAAAUGCAGAGUAUACGAAGACACUUAAUAGAUAGAAUUGAAGAAAUUGAGCAAGGCACUCGUAAAAGUUUUAUUGACACACGUACAUUUACAAGGCCCAAAAAACGUUUAACUCGUCCAAGUUUGGAAGGAAUGUCUGAAAGAUCAAUAUUGAAUCGUCAAGUAAUAGAAACACCAUGGAAGAAACUUAUGUCAAAGCAGAUAACAGAGAUGAUAGAUGACAUAAGCAUGAAUUACGAUUAUACUCUUCCUUCUCUUAGCAACACCCAUUUCAAUGCUACCCUCUGCAAAGAAGAUUCAAACUUAAAUGCAACUUUUUUGAAAGUUGCAUCAGAGAGUAAAUCAGUUAUUGUGCCACAUACUUCACUGAAUACAACUUUUGUAAAAUUAGAUGAAGAAAAUAGUGAUUUGAAGUCUUCCGAUUCUGACCAAAGUACUAAUUCAAGGAAAACCUCCGAUUCAUGCUUGAAUGCCACUUUCUUAAAAGGGACAAGUAGUCCAGUAACUACACUAAAUACAACAAGGACGAGACAAGCUGGUUUAAACUGCACUUACUCACAUUCUGACAAUCGUGGGCAUGCUGCUUCUUGUGAUAGUGGUGCUGAUGAUGACCAAUUGAGUAGUGCAUCGGACAGCAGCUUCUCUUCUACUACUCGACUAAUGAAUGCAGGAGAUGUUCAAACAAUUGCUAGACUCCAAGAAGAAAGUUUAAAACAAAUAACAUCAACACCAAUACGAACCAACAGUAGGAAUGGAAUUAAUUUGCUGCGAGGAGAAGAUUCGCUUUCACCCAUCAAACAAAUAAUUCCAGAGCAGCAGCAGGGUUAUUUAUCGGAUCAUUCUGAUCAUUCUUCAUUGGAUGGACGAGCCAAGAGUUCAAGAAGUUCUGUUCGUUCAAGUCCUUCUAGUAUCCCUUUUGUCAAACCAAAUGCUUUAGCAAAUGAGUGUUAUCAACUUCCUCCAGUAGUUCGUCGGGAAGAAAGGAAUUCAGCCUACCGCUGUAAAAUCUGACACUCGGAAACCAGAGGUUGCAACCAAGUUGGCCGGAGGGGGACAACGACGAGUAGUGUCUGGUCUGCGACCUCCAACAGUCCGUCCAGGAACUGCAAGUCGCCCAUCCACAGCAGGAGCCAGUAACAUUCCUAGACCUGCGUCUCGCAUACCUGCUCCAAGAGUGAGGUCUGCAUACACUGCACCUCAAGCAGCGCAAAAAGCAGAUUGGAUGGAUGGCUGUUAUUGAUGCCAAUUCUUUUAUUCUCCUCACCACAGUGCCUAAAAUGUUCUCAAAUUACCAACAGACUGACACCUCUUUUGGUAACUAUAUCCUGAUAGAGAUGUGAAGAUGAUCUGCUAAUUUUAAAUUUUUUUACCUAAUUUAAUACUUUUGAAGAAUAUAGAAGCCGUUUCAAUAUUUUCUUGUGUGAUAAUGGUUAAUUUCAAUUUAGUGGUUGUUAUGUAAGAACAUUCUAAACCAGAAAAAGAUGCAAGUUAAAAAUUAAUCAUUCUAAUGACCGUUUGCAUCUAUAUUAUAUAAUGUGAUGUAGUUGGAGUAAAGACAACUGCAGAAAUGUCUGUACCUAAUUGGUUCUUGGAGUAUUUGAAUAAUUUUACGUUUCUUGACAUUUUUAAUUGAGACAUAUUAUUUGCGUUGAAUGCUAUGUGAUCUUAAUGAUCAUAAUGCUUUUGAUUAAUGUUAAUGUUACUUUUCAUGUUUAUUUCUGUUAUUUUGAUUACUCGUAAUAAUGCAUUAAUAUUUUAAGAAUGCAAAAAAUAGUUUUUUGAAUUUAUAAUAAAUACAAAGGAUGUUUAUUACAAAUUUAGCAGAACGUAUAGUGUGAAAAUUUGGAAUUUGGUACUUUAGAGCAUCUCAUUCAAGGAAUAAUGUUGCAAAAUGUAUAAAAACAUUUUAUGUGUCUAAUGGUUUUUAGUUCUCAUUAUAUUAAUAAUGGUAUGUACUUAUUUCUUAGUGUUAUCUAUUUCUUUCAACUUUGUAUUCAUAUAUUGAACAAACUGUUGCCUUUCAGAAUCAAGUGUACUUUUAUAAAAAGUAGUAACUGUUGUGUGUUUUUUCAAUAGAAACUGAAAAUUUUGGAAUUCAUUUCAUAUUUCAUUAAUAUUUUUCUUAAUCACUUUGAAUGAUUCGAUAAUAAGAAAAUUAUUGGUGAAGAAUGUCAGAUUACAGUUCUUUACUUACACUUUUCAAAUUGGCUUGUAACUUUAUUCCUGAAAUGAGAAUGUGUUCAUCAUAAAAUUAUUGACUUGCUCUUCAUAUGAUUUAGAUGUGUUUUUCUGUGAUCAUAAGUGUGCAUGGCCACAUUUGGCAGAUGUGAUAAAAAUGAAGUGAGUGUAUAGUAAGUUAUAUUAGAAACAAAUUUUAAUUUGUACAAGUUCCUUAGUACCACAAAAGCCAUUGAAAUGAGUAUUAUCAGUGAACCAUUAGUGUAUUUGCGUGUUUUGAUUGCAAAUUUAUUUUUAAAUAAACUUCUUGAAAGAAGUUGAAAUGUAGAAUGGUUGGUAUGUAACCAACAAUAAAAAAAAUCCUAAUUAAGACAUUUCAUCCUGGGCAGAAAAUCUGUGGUUUUAUUUUCUUAAAUCUGGGUAGUAGCAUGUCAGAAAGUGAGACUAUAUUGAUCAGCGUAUCCAAAUUAGACUUAUAGAUAUUGCAUUGUUUGUUGUAAAAUACCUUAAUUUGUUCAAUGCAUUUUUUUUCAUAAGCAAUGUAGUAAAAUUACUGAAUUAUAAUCAAUUGAUUUCAAAACCUAAAUAUUCUGGUUGAUACAAUUUUAUGAUGAUAUUAUUAUAAAUGGGAAUGGAAAUGGGUUUAAUUACCAGUAAUCUUCAAUAUUGAUAGUCCAACUUAUUUCCAAUUGAAUAAUUUCUCUUAGUUAAUAUUAUCUUCAAUAAUAAUUCAAACGAAAAAAUAUUAUUUUAUUCUGACCUGUUUUAUUAGUACUUCAAAGUUCAUCUGUAGAUAACAAAAGUCAAUGUGAAAACUUAUAAUUACAGUAUUGGCUGUGAGAACUAAAGAGGAAUUGUCAUAUUUGAAAAUUUGAACUAGUGUUUUAGGAAAAGUUUUCUGAUUUUAAAUUAACACAUUUUUGGACAGUGUCUUUUUUAGAAUGCACAGUAGUUACAUAAUAAUGCUAAAUAGUAAAAGUGAAAGAUUUUUUCUUAGCCAUUUUCCUUGGUUCCUCAAAAUAAUAAAAAAUUACAAGUUCUUUCAUUUUCAUGUUGGUGAUUUGACUGUACACAGAUGUUUUUAUUGUUAGGUUGUAUGCUAGUUUUGGUGCUUUGUUGAUUGUACUAAAACUCUAUGAGAGAAGCAUUGUUAAGUGGGCUUAAGUGCUAAUAUUUUUUGCAACUUUGCUAAGUACUGUUUAUAGGUUUUGUUCUGCUUUAGUAAGUUGCUCCCUGACCAAAAUAAUAUGAGGUGUAUUGAAAUUACUAACUAUUGAAAAUAAGCUUUGAAUGGUGUUUUCAAGUUAUGUGAAUGUUAAAAUUCAUUAAUUUGAUUUAGUUUACAUUUAAUUUAGUUUGUAGACAUACAGGCUGAUAUUUUCAGGAUAGUAAGAGGCAUUGGACUAUUAGCAAUAUAAACCAAUAAACUGUUCUGAUUGUAAACUUCUGGACUGUCCACAUUUUUCUCGGAGAAGGCAUAAUAAUUGUGUUCUUUGGAUGAGGAACAUGUUAAGGACAAAAAAGUGUUUGUUGUCUUAGUGCAAGCAUAAAUUAGCAAUUUGCGUAUGAGUAAAAAUAUGCCUUUAAAACACAUUUAUUGCACUUUUUAAUUAUUUAUACCUGGCAUAUAUCGUUAUUCCAUUAUUUGUAAUUAGAAAAAUCAAUCAUAUUAUAAUUUUCUGGACCAGUCUUCCUUAGCUCAGAGUCUCUGAUUCUGUGAAUCAAACACAAAUAAUAACUUGAUGUACUUGAUUUGUUCAUUAGAGUCAUUAUUUAAUUGUGUAUCUCUGUUGCACAAGUGUUUUAAGAUUUAAUUUGGGGCAAGUUUCUGUGUUGGAAUUCUUAUUGAUUCAAAGUGAACUAUGAGGUUUUUGUAUUAAAUUAUGUAUGUGAAUGGAAUAUUAAAAUUGUGUAAUUUUUACAAUUUUUUAAGUAAUGCGUGCUAUUUUUAAAGACCUUGUAAAUAAUAUUGUUUUUUGAUAUAACAUGGAAGCAAGUGUCUGUUGUACAUAUCUGAUGUUGCUGUAAAAUAAUGAAUUAUUUAAAUACAUUUAUUACAAAAGUAAA